CAGCAGAUAACAGACUUGCUCUGUGACCAAACACCUCGGUCGUUUUGCCCUUAUUCCGGAUUAGGGUUACACUCUUCACAAUCUCAGUUCACAGACUCGCUUUAGGCGCCAACCAAAGCGCUUGCAAUUCAGGCUCUCUCGUGUCGGUACAAACUACAAACAGGUUAAAGCUGUAACCUUUUCACCGCCAGGGCCAGGAAUGGGUAGCCAAACUGGUACAAGCAAUGAUCGAUCAAGGACAUACUGGACGCCAAUAAUGGAACGCUAUUUUAUCGACCUUAUGCUAGAGCAGAUGCAUAGAGGCAAUCGAAUUGGCCACACUUUCAACAAGCAAGCAUGGACCGACAUGCUCAAUGUGUUCAAUGCAAAUUUUGGAUCUCAAUAUGACAAAGAUGUUCUAAAAAGUCGUUAUACAAAUAUGUGGAAGCAAUUCAAUGAUGUGAAGAAUCUUCUUGGUCAGAAUGGAUUUUCUUGGGAUGAAAAUCGACAAAUGGUGGUGGCUGAUGAUUAUGUCUGGGAUGCUUACAUUAAGGCUUACCCUGAUGCACGCUCCUACAGAACUAAAGCAGUGCUGAAUUUUAGCGAUUUGUGCCUGAUAUAUGGGUAUACAACCGCUGAUGGAAGAUACAGCCGAUCAAGUCAUGAUCUAGACUUUGACGAGGAAGUGCAAGGAGUAAAUAUGGUUGACGGAAUGGGCUGCCUUGGCCCUUCAAGUAAUGAGCGAACGAGGACUGAUUGGACUCCUGCCAUGGACCAGUUUUUCAUUGAGCUUAUGCUGGACCAAGUAGGAAGAGGCAAUAAGUCAGAUAAUACUUUCAAUAAACAAGCCUGGACUGAUAUGCUUGUUUCAUUCAAUGGAAAAUUUGGUCCUCAACAUGGGAAAAGGGUUUUAAGGCAUCGAUAUAAGAAAUUGUGGAAGUACUAUAGCGACAUUACACUUCUUCUUAAACAAAAUGGCUUUUCCUGGGAUGAAACACAACAAAUGAUUGCAGCUGAUGAUGAUGUUUGGGAUGCAUAUAUCAAGGCACACCCGCAUGCGCGGGCAUAUAGAACAAAAACCUUGCCAAACUACUAUGAUUUGCUUCUAGUAUAUGGAAACGAAAUUGAUGGUGGGAUCCCCUGCGAUUUACAUCAAGACAAAAACCUUGAAGAUGACUUAUCAGACAGAAAGGCUGGUGAAAGAGAGGGAGUACAGACCCCUACUUUUAGUGAUCGUACAAGAACAUAUUGGACACCACCAAUGGACCGUUAUCUUAUAGAUUUGUUACUAGAACAGGUGCAUGGAGGAAAUAAACUUGGACAGACUUUCAUAACCCAGGCUUGGAUUGACAUGGUCACAUCUUUUAAUGCAAAAUUCAGAUCUCAUCAUGACAAAGAUGUUCUGAAGAAUCGAUACAAACAUUUGAGGAGGCAAUACAAUGAUGUAAAGAUUCUUCUGGAGCAGAGUGGGUUUUCGUGGGAUGAAAGAAGAGAAAUGGUAACAGCUAAUGAUUGUGUUUGGGAUGCUUAUACCAAGGAACAUCCUGAUGCUCGAUCAUACAGAGUUAAAACUCUUCCAAGCUAUCACAAAUUGUGUGCUAUCUUUGGAGAAGAACAUUCUGAUGGUAGGUACAGCCGUUUGUCACGCAAUGAAGAACCCAGUGGUGAAUUACCUAUGCUGAUAACGGGUGAGCCAAACAAUGACCAAUCCCCUGCUGGUGAUAUUCCUUUGAGGAUGGAUCGGACACCAUCAAUGGAGCUCUAUUUUAUUGACCUCAUGAUAGACCAUGUGCAGAGAGGCAAUAAGGUUACUCACGCAUUCACUGAGCAAGCGUGGGCUGAUAUGAUCGAAUCAUUUAAUGGAAAAUUUGGGCUCCAAUGUAACAAGAAUCUUCUAGAAGAUUGGUAUAUAUGCUUGAUGAAACAGCAUGAUGACAUCAGCAGCAUUCUCAAUCGUAGUGGUUUUGUGUGGGAUGAAUCUCAACAAAUGGUUACUGCUGAAAAUAAUGUCUGGGAAGAUUAUGUUAAGGGCUACCCUGAUGCUAUUUCAUACAGGGGUAAAUUGUUAUGCAGUUUUAGCGAUCUAUGCAAGAUCUUUGGAAAUGAAGUAUUGGAUGGAAGACAUAGUGAUCAGUUUCUGGGGAUGGAAAUAGAAAUGGAUAGAGCGUGUGAAGAAGAUCCACAAGUUCCAGCUGGGAAUACUGAACCAUGUGAUGAUCAGAGGAAGCGACCAGCUGAGACAACAUCCAAAUCACAGCGUCCUGGAAAGGCACAAAAGACUGGCAAAAGAAUGGAAGAAGCUAUUUCGGAGAUGGCGGGUGUGGUGAAAAGGUUGGUGCAUAACAAGGAGAAUAAGAAUUAUAAAUUGAUAGAAAGUGCAAUCGAUGCUCUCCAAGCAAUACCUGACAUAGAUGAUGAGCUAAUGUUGGAUGCUUGCGAUCUUAUGGAAGAUGAAAAAAAAGCAAAAACGUUUUUGGCAUUGGAUAUCACUCUGAGAAAGAAAUGGUUAUUAAGAAAACUUCCUCGGUAGUAGAGUUCCUUAUUUCGAGAGUGACAUGAUCCAUUUGUCUCGACUCUCUCACUUUUGAGUAACAAAAGUGUUUUUUUGACUGGAUUAGAUGCUUUAGUUUGUAAAUGUAUUUUCUUGUUGAAUUUGCAAAGAGGAGAAAAGAUUUUU